GAAAAGGGGAUACGUAGAGAGAAAGGAGAGAAACAAAGAAGGUGAGAAGUAAGGGUCUUGGUGUUGGUGUGUGAACAUAGAGAAAAGGUGUUUCUAACGUACAUUGUAAUCCAUAGGCAUUGCACAUCACGCAACAGUGACCAACCUCCUUGUUUUUGUUCUCUCACAACACACAAGACCUCUCACUCUUUUAAAUUGAUCACACGAAGGUGGAGAAAAUCGAAACGAGGAUGGGUCUUGACAGGUGGCUGGCUUUGCUGUACCCAAGAGUGCAAGGAGGAAGGAGAGAAAAGGAGUGUUGCAGUGUGUGUUUGAUGAGAAUGGAGGACGAGGAUGUGAUCAAGUCCUUGCCUUGUUCCCAUGAGUUUCAUAGUCUCUGCGUUGACACUUGGUUCGAUGUCAGCCGGAAGAUUUGCUGUCCACUCUGCCGGUUUUCACCAGCUACCAUCCUCCUCACCGAUGAACUGUUCCUCUGGUUCUCUUCUUUUCAUUUCUGAUUGUGUUCCUGCUUUUUCUGGGGAUCAAACAAAACACCCUUUUCUCCUUGUAAUGCUGCUAUAAAGUCUCUUGUAGUACUAGUUUUUUUCUUUCCAAGGGGGAACGUAUAAGAAAGUUUGAUCCCCUUACUGUAAAAAGAUACCAAACAAAGCUGCUUCGACCAUGUUAUUCUCUUGCUUAUGCAAACACGGUUCUUUUGCGAUUCUCAGAAAACAAAAAAAGAGAGUUGUUGAUGUUACUACUUAGGAGGAGCAAUCAAACCAAUUGCCACACAGUACAUACAUGUAGACAAUAUGCCGCUUUCUCUCACAAACAGCCGGAAAAGGCAAUGUGCAUCACAUCGCAUAUCAGUAAGGGAAGCUGGUAUUGGUUUCUUGCUCUCGUGAUUCCCCAUCUGCUUCCAGGUAUUAGUGUUAUGUGUCUGGAUAUCCAACCCUCUUAAAGAAAGAAAGAGUAUAACUGAACUGAACUAGAUAAGAAGUUAAGAAUGAGUUGAUCAGGCAUGAUAAAGUAAGACCUCAAGACUUCAAAAGAGAUGAUAAGUCGAACAUAAACAAAUGCCCCUCCCAAGGCGGACAGAGAAUAAAUAACUCACUUUCCUAAAUCGAGCAAUAAAGCUAACAGGAACCCAACCCUCAUCACUCGGGUGCUGCCGGUAAGGUAACAUGUUGGUGCAACCCUCUGCCUAAUUGGUUUCUCUUAUCCUAUUCCUGGAGCAGAAAAAGCACGUACCUGCGGA